AUGCUCCAAUCUGUCACGGACCCAGUGCAGCGUUUACUCGACUGUACUAAAGAGACUGGGCCCUCACAGCUCCGUUCCGUUCUUUCAGACCUCUAUGAACGCGCACCAAGACAUGGAAUAUCGCCUGCGAAGAUCUUAGAGCUGAUUGGCUUUCUCUGCAGCGCAGAAUUCAUCGCGGUAUCAACUAGGGUUUACAUUGUGGAGAAUUGCCUGAUCCCAAACGGCUACCUUUCUAGUUCAACUGUGUUUGAAGUCUUGAAACAUCUCGGGCCGUCAACGCCGCAGAAUGCUUUCAAACUUAUAGUCGAGCCGGCAUUCCAGGUAGCUCUAGUAAAAUGGUUGUGCCAUGUCCUAGUUAUCAUACCGGACUACCAAAAGGUCCUCCAACGAACCUACCCUAUAUGGUUUCAACUUUGGAUGGUGGACUAUUUGCAGGAUUGGACAACCUACUUAUUGAUCUGGGGAACGGAGUCCAAGAUACAGGUCACGGAGUAUCGAGUUCGGGUCCUGGAACGAAUCGGGUCUAAUCCAGGAUAUCGCAAUGGGAAACCACUGGCAUCGUUCCUGCUACAUAAGUUUCUACAGCUGAAACCAUCGAAGAUAGUUCAGCAUGCAAUUGCAGAACUCAGGUGCAAUGCAAAACGGUUAAUGACUGUACAAAAAGUUCAAUUGGAGAGCAAGUUUAUGGACGGGCUGCAGCAUGUCUUAUCCGCGGGAGGUGUUUUUGAGUCCCUACAGUUCAAAGAUUCUGUAAACUCCCAGUUGAACGCGUUAAAAGUACUGGAUGAUAAUAACACCAAUGAUACUGCGCAGACCCCCAUCGGCAAGCAGUUGACUUUAGAACAAUUUGCAAAUCAGAUUGAGCGAAUGCCAUGUCCGAGUGGGCAUCUAAACUCGCUGGAUAUUAACGGUUAUGAAAGGUUGUUAUUGCCUCUAAUGGCACCGGAAGCUAAAGAGGCCCUUCAUCUCUGGCUGGAGUAUUUAUUGAGGACAGAAGGGAAUCCCACUACCUUAAAGAGGGCUAUGGCACUUCUUAGAGCGGUUGAUAAGACAGAUAUCCCAUUCGAAAGCCUCCUACUAUGUGAUAAUUUCUCUUCUACCGACGCACUGAAGUCACUACACAUGCUAUACUUAGUCGCUGAAGUACCAGAAUCCAAUAUCAUCGUUAAUGCUCUGCUAAAGAGCCAUAAAUGCCUUCGUUCAGGAAAAAGCCCUUAUGCUCCUCAAUUCAUCUUAGGCUUAUGCAUUUUAGUAAUGUGCAAGAUUUCCCAGGGUGAGCUGUCGAAGUUUCUGCUCCAGAUUUGUUCCACCUUUCUGAAGACGUUAGUCAACAUGUGCCUUCUAGGAAAAGAAGCACCGAAAACAGCCUUGAUUUUAAUUCAUCCGCUUCUUUACACCUUGGAGAACGCACCUUCAUCCGCUAUACCGCGUGAUGAGCUUACCUCAGUGUUUGUUCUGCCAGAUAUUAUUAAUAGUCUGGUUGCGCUGAAUGACCCUUUAGUCAUCGCGCUAAUAUGCGAGUAUCUUGUUUCAGCCAAGGAUCGAGUAAAAGGCUUUACAGUGGAUAAUAGCUACGUCAGAAAGCUCAACAGGUGCAUUUUGGAUAUGGCCAAUUAUCUCUGGAGGAAUAAAUUGUUCACUGAACCAUAUACCUGGGGCCUUCCCAAGACCUUUUGGGCCAAAAUAUCCAGUAAUCUAUAUCUUCCAGAACCAGAGAUUAGACAGAAACAUCUCUAUUCACUCCCGAAUUUUUAUCCAUUCAGGUUUAUUAGUGAGGAGGUUUUAAGGCGUCUAGAAGGGCAAGAAAACACCGAGGUUAUAUACUCCAAGCCACUUACCGAAGCUGGCUAUAGAUGCUGGAGAAAAGAAUUGGAGCUUAAUGGGAAAACGUGGCUCAGUAAGGUGAACAACUACGAUUCUUUUAGAAAGCGUCUUCUGAUGGGGAUUCAGGAAGAUAGUACCUACGCUGGUGUUCCCUUGUUUAUGCAGACGUACCUCAAGAGCUUCACUGAAUCGCAGGCUGGAAGCUAG